ACAGCAAGUACAAAAGAGAUUAUCAUAUAUGACAAACAGUAUUACACAAAUCACAUUUGCCACAAUGAAAGUAUAAGGAGGCUUUCUUUAAAAGCAAAAACAUACCUCAUGAUGUAUACUAUUUAUUAACUAAUGUGUUUAUAAGAUGUAUAAUUUCUAUAUGUUAUCCGAUUUCCAUCCUACAAAUCUACAAUAUAGACAACAAAAUAUAAAAAAUUUUUUUUUUUUUUUUUUUUUUCAUAUGAGAGUAAAUUAGUAUAUUUUCAUUUUUAUUUUUCUCGUUAAAAUAUAAAAACAUCUUGAGCUAAUUUCACCUCCUAUUUCUCCUACCGUCGAACUAAAUCCUAGGGCACAGGUGAAAUCGCCGAGUGACGUCUAGCCACCGCACCGCCUCCUUCUCCGGUUAUCUCGCUACUAAUCAGACUAUUCCACAGCUAUGUCACAGGUAGACAACAGAAAUUCAUCAGCAGCCAAGCGUGCUAGAACUGACGGGGGGCGUAGAGAAGAUGAUUGGAUCUGCCCAAGUUGUGGCAAUGUCAACUUUUCAUUCAGGACAACUUGCAAUAUGCGUAAUUGCACUCAGCCUAGACCUGCAGAUCAUAAUGGAAAGUCUGCUCCCAAACCUAUGCAACAUCAACAAGGUUUCUCAUCACCCGGGGCAUACUUAGGAUCUGGGGGUCCCCCUCCAGUAUAUAUGGGCGGGUCACCAUAUGGAUCUCCUCUCUUUAAUGGAUCGUCUAUGCCUCCUUAUGACGUCCCAUUUUCUGGGGGUUCGCCUUACCAUUUUAACUAUAAUAGCCGAAUGCCUGCCGGAGCUCAUUACAGACCAUUACAUAUGUCUGGACCACCACCAUACCAUGGCGGAUCUAUGAUGGGAAGUGGUGGUAUGUAUGGAAUGCCUCCACCAAUAGACAGGUAUGGCCUUGGUAUGGCAAUGGGUCCUGGUUCUGCCGCUGCCAUGAUGCCAAGACCAAGGUUUUACCCAGAUGAAAAAUCACAAAAGAGAGAUUCAACUCGCGAUAAUGAUUGGACAUGUCCGAAUUGUGGUAAUGUAAACUUCUCAUUCAGAACUGUAUGUAACAUGAGGAAGUGCAACACUCCAAAGCCUGGUUCUCAGCAGGGUGGAAGCUCAGAUAAAAUAUCCAAACAAAAUGCACCGGAAGGGAGCUGGAAGUGUGAUAACUGUGGAAAUAUAAACUACCCAUUCAGGAGCAAAUGCAACAGGCAAAACUGUGGAGCUGAUAAGCCUGGGGAUCGGUCGAAUGGAUCUCCGUCCCGUGCACCAGAAGAGAACGAUCAGUGAGUCGUAGACAUGUUUGGGGGUUGAGAAGGGUGAGUCUAAUCCAGCGGGUGUCGUAAUGUCAGUCAAUGUCUCGUCAGGUCAGGUCGUCCAUGUUGCUGCGGUCGUCAGUCAAGUUGCUUCUAUGCAUUUGUCUCUUUACUUCCCUUGCGUGGUUGUGGAUUGUAUUAAUAAUGCAAAAAUUGUUUAUUUACUUUGUCGUCCUCGUGGAUCUUGUCUUGCUAUAGAAUCCUCCUCCAGGUCCAUACUGUUUUACAUCCUAAUCUUAAGUAAGUUGGCACUUAUGGUUCAUUCUUUGUCACUCACCUGGUCGUUUUUACCUUAUUAUUAAAAUUAGAAACACUUGGAUACUUUUGGGGGGGGGGGGGUAAUGGAGUCUAUCUAGGGGUUGCAACUGGUUGUUGGUUUUAGACUAAUAAACUAGGUGAUUCUGU